AUGCAGCAGCGUGUCAACAACCUAGGCGGCCGAAGCAACACCGGUGGUGAUGAUAUGAGAUCAAACAGAACUGUAGGGAUAGACUCCACGUUCGCAAGAUCAGGUCAAGGAGUGGUUUGUCUCCAUGAGGGCAGGGCUCGGUUUCCAGGACACCGAACAGGCAUUUUUCGGUGCUCUGCACACCAAACGAGUUUAGUGCGACGGCAGACUUCUUCCGCUUCUAUCUGCUUAUCAGAUCUACUGUGGUAUCCGACGAAAGUAGUAUAG